AUGGAGAACCAACAACAGCAGCAGCAACAACUGGCAUUAUUAACUGUACCUCCACGAUGGUUGCAUUGCCCUAGGAAAAGUGCUCUUAUUGAAAACAAAUUUUUAGUGUUCAAAACGCCUCUAGAUGAAAAAUACGAUGAUCAAAUAUCAGAAGAUUGUAGAUUUAAUCUAGAAAUGGUCUUUGAAUCGGUGAAAAACAUGAAGUUAAAGAUGGGUCUGAUCAUCGACCUGACGAACACCUCAAGAUUCUAUGAUAGUAACACAGUUAAAGAUCUGUAUGACUGCAAAUAUUAUAAACUUAAUUGUAGAGGAUUUGACCAGGCGCCCUCAGAAGAGCAAACCUCGCAGUUUUAUGCCAUAUGUGAUAAUUUCUUCAGACAGAAUCCUACAAAAAUUAUUGGUGUCCAUUGCACACAUGGUUUUAACAGAUCAGGCUUCCUUAUAACGUCCUAUUUUGUACAAAAGGAUAACUUGAGUCCAUAUGUGGUAUUGAAGAUGUUCAGUGCGGCCCGCCCACCGGGUAUAUACAAGCAGGAAUACCUGGAUGAGAUUUACAGGAGGUUCGAUCCCACCGAAUACGCGCCCACAGCUCCUGAACUCCCGUCUUGGUGUACGGAAUCUGACGAUAGUGGUCGGGAUGAUGAUGGCAAUGCUAUUAACAAUGAUGGAAACAGCAGAAGUAGUAAUAACUCCUCGACGAAUAGCUGGAGGUACAGGAAGACUGUCUACAAGAAGGACAUUUUGUUUAUGGAUGGGAAUGUGAAGGGUGUUGUGACAGUGAAAGAGGACGCUGAGAUCUUAAGGGUUCAAGAGAUUGUCAGGGAGAUGUGCAACAUGAAGAGUUUGGUCUUUCCUGGUGCACAUCCAGUCAGUAUGAACCAAGAGAACAUAUUGUUUCUCACUAGGAGGCCUUACAAGGUCAGCUGGAAGGCAGAUGGCACUAGAUACCUCAUGCUGAUUGAGAAGAAGGACAGUGUAUUUAUGAUGGAUCGAGAUAAUACGGUUUUUAGAGUUGAGCAGAAUUUAACUUUUAAACGGAGGAAAGAACCGAACGCCGAUCUGUGUAAUACCCUAUUGGAUGGGGAAAUGAUAAUUGAUCAGGCGGAGGGCAAGCCAAUACCCAGGUACCUCAUCUAUGAUGUCAUAAAAUUGGAUGGUCAAGAUGUUGGUAGUUGGAAUUUCGACAUUAGAUUGAUGUGCAUAUUAAAGGAUAUAAUUCAGCCACGAAAUGAGGGUAGAAUUAAUAAAUCUUUGGAACCUUUCAGUAUCAGAGCUAAACCUUUCUGGGAUAUAACUUGUUCUCGAAGUUUACUGGAUGGAAAGUUCGCAAGGGAGGUCAGUCACGAAGUCGACGGCUUGAUCUAUCAACCUGUCGAUAUGGGCUAUAAGAUGGGCCGCUGUAGUGAGAUGCUAAAAUGGAAACCACCUUCACUCAAUUCAGUUGACUUUAAACUCGUGGUCAGUUACGAGAAGGGGGAAGGAAUUGUGCCGGGAUAUGUUGGAGAUCUGUACGUCGGUGGGAUGGAUCGUCCCUUUGAUAGGUUAUCCUCAAUGAAGAAAGGUUUACGAGAACUUAACAACAAAAUUAUCGAAUGCAAGUGGAACAACGGAUGGGUGUUCAUGAGACAAAGGACAGACAAGUCAUUUCCAAACAAAUAUGAAACCGCGGCGGCUGUUGUGGAAUCCAUCAGGAAUCCAGUAAACAAGGAGUUACUGUACGAAAUUAUUGAUAACAAAAGAUACGAUCUCACAAAGAACUCCCACCAGCCUCCUAAUAGGACAGACUCGCAAAACAAUCAACAACAACAGCAGAAGCGACAGCAUAAUCUGAACAGCCAUCCAUCAACUCCGCAAAGACAAAAUUAUGGGCACAUACAAUCGACACGUGGUGACAUGCCACCACCGGCCAAGAUACCGAGAUCUCUUUAAUGACGUCACGCAAACGUCAUUAUCAUUGUAGUCAUCGUUCGCACUUGCUGUCGUUUACAAUUUUAUCAGUUAAUCGCUACGAUCAUCAUGACUGCUUCCAGUAUCAUUACUAACGCCUAUCAUCAUCAUCUACCCAUUUAAUGUUAUCUUUCUCUUUAUUUAUCUUUUACUUUUAUUUAAUGUGAUUCAUUCAUUCAGUUAGGGUUAUUGAUUGUGGAAAUGUUUUUAAAUUAAUUUUUAUUUUGAAAGUUAAGAAAUUUCAUUUUAAAAAUUGAGAAAUGUAAACUAAAGCCGUGUAAAUAAA